AUGCCUGAGCUCCCCAACGAGAUCCUUCAGACGAUAGUGCGUCAUCUCGAAAGCCUCCGAGAUGUCAAGAACGUCCGCCUUGCGAACAAAACAUUCGCCAUGAUGGCCGAGCCAAUCCUGUUCUACCGCGUGGAAUUGGUUCCAUACGUGGAUUGUCUCGAAGGCUUUGCGCAGACGAUGGAAAACAAUCCAACAAUCGCACGGCAUGUAAGGAUUCUUCUUUACGAGGUUUCCAUGAGAUAUAACACGGAUUUCAGCGUGGGAUCUGAACACGCGACCGGGCAAGCCGCCGCCUUCAACCGGCACCUCGAAGACAACUCGCUUCAUUAUCAUGAGCAGGCCACAGAGGUCAUGUUGUUCUCACGCGUGCAAUCACUACCCGGGUUGACUGACAUCUAUCGACCUUAA